UGCAAAUCACGACACAGCCACGUGCAAGUUUGUGCGUUACGUUUGUAGGGUGUGCAACCGACAGGGACAUCUGCAACGCAUGUGCCCGAAUGUAGUGGAACACUGCAACGUGGACAUCGAGCACUCAAGGGAAGACAAUGGAAGUACAAGUGCAGAGAGUGACGAGUUCCAAAUACUGUGAGGUGUUCGCGGAUGGUCUGGGUCGGUUCACCGGUGGCAGGGUGAGCGUGCACGUGCGCGAGGGAGCGCGACCCGUGUUCAUGCGCGCGCGCCCGCUGGCUUACGCCCUGCGGGAGCCGGUCGAGCGCGCGCUGGCCCAGCUACAGCUCGACGGCAUUCUCUCACCGGUGGAGCGCUCAGACUGGGCGACACCGAUUGUACCAGUCGUCAAAAAGGACGGUAACAUUCGAAUUUGUGCUGAUUACAAACUGACACUCAAUAAAGUUAUAGAAGUUGACCGCUAUCCGCUGCCUAGGGUAGAAGAACUGUUGUUUAAGUUGAAGGGUGGUGAACAUUUUAGUAAAAUUGAUUUGUCACAGGCCUACGCUCAAUUUGAACUAGAUGAUACUAGGAAAUAUACUGUGAUUAAUACCCAUAAGGGUUUAUUUAUGUACAACCGGUUAGUUUAUGGACUAUCAUCGAGUCCGGGAAUUUUUCAAAGACGAUUAGAGCAACUUUUUAAUGAUAUACCUCAAGUUGGUGUUUUCUUGGAUGAUAUUAUAAUCACAGGAUUUACUAGGGAAGACCACAUGCGGAAUUUAUGUCAGGUUUUCGAUCGUUUAAAGAAGUACGGUCUGAGAGUAAAGAGAGAAAAGUGUGUAUUCUUUGCGAAGUCGAUAAAUUAUUUAGGGCAUACCAUUAGUAAAGAUGGCAUUCAUACUUGUCCAGAUAAGGUUAAGGCCAUAAAUAAGAUACCCCCUCCUACGAAUGUCAGUGAGUUGAGAGCAUUCAUCGGUAUGGUCAUGUACUAUGGCAAGUUUGUAAAGAAUGUUAGUACAGUUCUAGCACCACUCUAUAACUUGCUUAGAGCAGGUGUUCAGUUCAGUUGGAGUAAAGAGUGUCAAGAGGCAUUCACCAAGGUUAAACGCUUGUUAGGAAGUAGUGACGUUUUGAUGCACUAUACACCGGAGUUACCCAUAAUUUUGACUACAGACGCGAGCAGCGUGGGUCUAGGCGCGGUGAUAUCGCACACCAGUGCGCGUGGCGAGCGCCCGGUGGCGUACGCGUCGCGCUCGCUGACACAAGCCGAGCGCGGUUACUCGCAAAUAGAUAGAGAAGCUCUCGCUAUUAUUUUUGGAAUUCGUAAAUUUCAUCAGUACCUAUACGGGCGCAAGUUUAUAUUGAGAACGGAUCAUAAGCCUUUAACUUACAUUUUUGGUGAUAAGGCAGGGAUUCCAGUAAUGGCUGCAUCCAGACUACAACGCUGGGCAGUGUUAUUGGCAGGUUACUCCUAUGAUAUUGAGUACGUUUCGUCAAGUAAAAACUGUGCGGAUGCGUUGUCACGAUUACCAUAUACAGAAAUCAAUAAAUCAGGAGUGCCCAACGAGAGUACUUACGUUAAUUUUGUAGAAGAUUUUUUGCCUAUUACCAGUAAAGAUAUUAAACAAGCAACAGCAAGUGAUAAGAUCCUAAGUAGAAUUGUAACGUACACCCAAUCCGGUUGGCCUCUAACUUGUUCGGACGAUUUAAUUCAGCCUUAUUUUAGAAGACGUAAUGAGCUAUACACAGAAGGAGGGUGCUUGAUGUGGGGUUACCGUAUGGUCGUACCAGUUUCAUUACAAAAUAUAGUUUUAAAACAACUUCACAGUAGUCAUAUGGGAAUAGUGAAGACAAAGAGCCUGGCUCGUAGUUACGUGUGGUGGCCUAACAUAGAUGCGGCGGUAGAAGAUAUGUGCAAGCAGUGCGAGACUUGCGCGGCGGAGGCGGAUGCCCCUUGUCGGGUUCCGAUACAACCGUGGCCGUACCACACGCGCCCAUGGACCAGGUUGCAUGUGGAUUUCCUGGGUCCAUAUAAAGGUUUAACAUUUUUUGUAUUAAUCGAUUCUACUUCUAAGUGGAUUGAAGUUUUUGAGAUGAAACAUACUAACGCUGCCAAUGUUAUUAAGGUAUUAAGAUCCACCUUUGCGAGAUUUGGUCUACCAGAAGAGUUAGUAUCGGAUCAAGGCCCACCAUUUACCAGUGCUGAAUUUAAAAACUUCCUUAAAAAUAAUGGUAUACAACAGAAUUUUUCACCUGCUUACCACCCAUCGUCAAACGGAGCAGCAGAGAACGCAGUUAAGUUAUGUAAACGAGCCAUCAAGAAAGCGUAUAGGGACCAGUUGGAUAUUGAUACCGCUUUACAAACCUUCCUUUUAGCUUAUCGCAAUACGGUACACGGUACCACCCGGGAAACGCCAGCCAUGCUUCUACAAAGACGGACAUUACGGUCGAGGCUAGAUCUGUUGCGUGCUGAUCGUGUCGUAGAGCACAGAGUACGAGAAGCACAGACGCGUCAGGUAGAAUACGCUGGUGGAACGCCGCGUAAAUUUACAGAGGGGGACUUAAUUUGGGCGCGAGGGUAUGGCUCAGGGGAUAAAUGGGUGAAAGGCACAGUACAAGGGGUGGACAGUUUACGUAGAUAUUCAGUAGUGGCGGAUAGCGGUCAAUUAUGUAAAAGACACAUAAAUCAAAUGCGGCGUAGGUCCUGUUUUUCGGAUGUUACCGGUCCGGAAGGGUAUGAUGAGAGUCAGCAAGGUGAGGAGAAUGUUGUCGAGCCGUUAAGCGAGGGUUCAGAAGGUCUAUCUCUGACAGAAACAGAGGCUAAAAAUAAUAAUGAUCAGAGCGAACAAGCUGAACAGUCCUCACCUAAGGUUCUAAUGCCAUCUGAGUCACCGGUGAAUCGUUAUCCCAGGCGGAAUCGGAAACCGGUUCAAAGAUAUGAUAUAUAAGCUAGUUCAUAAGAAUAUCAGUGUUAAGUAGUGUUAAAGGAUCGUAAGGUUAAAUUAGUUAUAAGUUUUCAUAUUGUGAGCCUAAUUCUAGAAUAGCGGUGGAGGUGUGAUGUCAGGUACUUAAUAUGUCACUGUCAUUGUCAUUACGAAUGUCAUUCCUGUGUAAAAUGUAUCUGAGCUGUCGGUCUCCAAAUAAACGUCGUGUGGUUGACUCUGCCUUUUUCUUUCGGAU